GGGACGAAACCAAAACCACGAUUCACAACGUCAGAACAGGCCACGUUACAGAUCUAGAGGCCAGGUUUGUGGAUGAACAGUGAGGUUCUUGGGACAAUAUAAGUAAUUAACUCAUCAAAUUAAGAUCCAGGUUGGGAUCAUCACAGUCCUGCUACAGACAUGUUUGUGCCAAGAUCUGUGUCCGUCAAGAAGACCACCAGACCUGUUCAACCAAAACCACUGCCUAUCAAAAAGGUACAACAACAGACAGAUCCAACAACACAAUCUGAGAAUACAGCAAACUCCUCAUCCACUGUUGCAUCCACAACAACAUGUACCUCAGAAAACCUUGACAGGGAGUUAAGAAGUGAGCUACCACAGGGUAACACUGCUGAAAUAGACCCUUCAACAUCUCUGAAAGGUGACUGUUCAGAAGAUGAGCAAGGUGUGUCAAAGAAGGAUGACAGUGAUGAUGAAGAUGAACCCAUCGUGUCCUUCAGUAAGAACCAGCGCUGGCCAGAGGAAGGGGAGCCGGUUUGCGUGGUUUGCGGCAGAUACGGGGAGUACAUCUGUGACCAGACUGACCGGGAUGUAUGUAGUUUAGAGUGCAAGGCCAAACACCUGGCCCUCGUGCACCACAAAAAACAGUAUCUUCAACCUGAGGCAUCAUCGAGUAGGGAAGAAAGAGAAGAAACUGACAAUAGUCUUUCUGAGUCACAGAAUCUAUACAAAGAGCACUCCACAUUAUCACAACUGAGUAGUGAACAGGUCGAAGAAAUCAGGAAGCAGCUCGGAAUCGCCGUGAGAGGGAAAGAUGUUCCUAAACCCGUCUUGGAGUUCUUUCACUGCAGGUUGAACGAUACGGUCAGCGCGAACAUGUCGGCGGCCAAGUACGAGAUGCCGACGCCUGUUCAGAUGCAGGUGCUGCCUGCAGGGAUGAUGGGAAGGGACGUGAUGGCAGCGGCACCGACUGGAUCAGGGAAAACUGCUGCUUUCCUACUGCCAGUAGUAGUAAACGUGUUCCGAGCUGUAUCCGAUGCUGUAGGUAGCAGAGACCCCAGGUGGACACGCCCACUGGCCCUGGUCUUAGCCCCCACCAGGGAGCUGUGUAUGCAAGUAGAGGACCAGGCCAAGCAACUCAUGAAAGGUCUGCCCCACAUGAGGACAGCCCUGCUGGUAGGUGGCCUGCCCCUCCCCCCGCAGGUGCACCGGCUGCAGCAGGGUGUACAGGUGCUGGUGGCCACACCUGGCAGGCUCCUGGACAUCCUACACAGGAAAGAUGUUUCCCUGGAGUGUGUUGAGACGUUAGUUGUGGAUGAGCUGGACACCAUGUUACAGCUGGGCUUCAGGCAGCAGGUGUUGGAGAUUAUAGACAGUCUUCCCACCCAGAGACAGACCCUGAUGUUCUCAGCCACCAUCCCACAGUCUAUAGAGGUCCUGGCAGCCUCCAUACUCAACAACCCUGUCUAUGUACUGGUGGGACAGGCCAGCACCCCCAGCCCUUCAGUGAAGCAGACGAUACUGUGGGUGGAGGAAAACUCCAAGAAGAAGAUGUUGUUCACCAUCCUGCAGGACCCGAGGCACUACCAGCCUCCUGUACUGGUGUUUGUGGAUUCACGCAUGGGAGCAGACUUGUUAGCAGAGGCUGUGCAAACGAAAUGUAACAUACGAGCCCUCUCCAUGCACGGAGACAAGCCGCAGUCGGAGCGGUCAGCAGCCCUGGAGUCCCUGUUGAGAGGAGAGGUGGACGUGGUGGUGGCCACGGGUGUCCUGGGGAGGGGGCUGGACCUCUGCAGGGUCCGAUUGGUCAUUGUUUUUGACAUGCCUCCUUCGGUCAAUGAGUACAUCCAUCAGAUUGGGCGAGCUGGCAGACUAGGUUCCAGUGGCAGGGCCAUGGCCUUCAUCAACAACAACAACAAAGGGCUGUUCCUGGACCUGGUGGACACCCUGAACCCCCUGCACCUACACAUGCCCUCACAACUGGUCAAUUCUCCCCACCUGCAGCAGCAGAGGGAGCGUAGGGAGAGGAGACGGGCCAGGGAAGACGGGGAAACGACAUCACGGAGUGAACAGCACGGGGAGAAGUGGGUACAGCAGAGACACAGCAAUGCCGCGUACAUGCAGCGUCAGAGGGCCAAGAGAGGGAGAGAGCAGGAGGGGUCAAAAGCCAAGCAUCACAAGAAGUAACCGAUUGCUGACGUCACGUAUCCGUAAAGUCUUGUGAGAGAGAGGGGGUUUCCAAAGCCAAGCAUCAUAAGAAGAAGUAUAAGAGGGGUAACCAAUAUUUGCUGAUGUACAAUGUAUAUAUCCGUAAAGUCUGGUGUGAAUAAGGUCACGUGUCCAUUACUCUUGUGGGUUUACGUUCGGAAGUGUAAUGGUCAUUUCUUAUCCUGAUGAAGGUGACAGUGGUCAUUGAAAAUUUGAUCCUCACCUACCCUUGUGUGUUGGACUUGUUUAGCAUCGUAAAGAAGUGUCAAGAAACAGUGAUCAUAGCUCAGGACAUACAAAGUUAGAGAUGACCACACAUGUACUUGAAGGUACUUACUAAGUCUUCUUACACAUUCAGGGACUUCACCAUUCACAACACUGUUAAGAAAUUAAACUACCAACACAUUAUUUGUGUAAAAAAGGAA